AUACCAUGACUCCCAUCACCACCAGCACAGAUAAGAUCACAAUACCGCUUAACACGCCAACACAAUACAUAACAAGCAGCCAUCCAUCUUCACCAAUGUCCACCACUAUCCCUCACACAACAGUCAUAUCAUCAGCUGUCCCACCCAGCUUGCACACCUCUUCUACCACACUCACCAUGCCCACUGUCACAGGGACCACUGAAUCCACACCAAAAGGGAUACCCACCCAGUCUUCCCAUACAACCACAAUCUUACCAUACACAGGCCCUCAUCAGAGGACAACUCAAGUCUCAUCUACAGGUCUAACCACAUCUUCAGUCACCACACCCAUACAGACAACCACGGCACCCAUUUCUGGCUUGGUCACCACUACUGCCACCUCCUCGGGUACAACUAUGACCCACACUGAAACCAUACAUACAAUAUCCACCCUUCAUCCCAUUGUCAUGUCUCCUCUCACCUUCAGCACUCCUGGGAUUUCGUCUACAAUUCAAACACAAACCACUGCACACGCACAACACAGUACAACGCAUCAUCCAUCUUCACCAACGUCUACCACUAGCCCCCACACAACACUGACCUCUCCAGCAUUUCCACCCAGCAUGCACACCUCUUCCACCACACUCACCAUUCACACUGAGUCCACACCAACAGGGACACCCACCCUGUCUUCCCAUACAACCACAACUUUACCCCACACAGAUUCCUAUCACAGCACAACUCUCUUCUCAUCUAAAGGUCCUACCACAUCCUCAGUCACCACACCAGAAUAUACCAUGACUCCCAUCACCACCAGCACAGAUAAGAUCACAAUACCGCUUAACACGCCAACACAAUACAUAACAAGCAGCCAUCCAUCUUCACCAAUGUCCACCACUAUCCCUCACACAACAGUCAUAUCAUCAGCUGUCCCACCCAGCUUGCACACCUCUUCUACCACACUCACCAUGCCCACUGUCACAGGGACCACUGAAUCCACACCAAAAGGGAUACCCACCCAGUCUUCCCAUACAACCACAACCUUAACAUACACAGGCCCUCAUCAGAGGACAACUCAAGUCUCAUCUACAGGUCUAACCACAUCUUCAGUCACCACACCCAUACAGACAACCACGGCACCCAUUUCUGGCUUGGUCACCACUACUGCCACCUCCUCGGGUACAACUAUGACCCACACUGAAACCAUACAUACAAUAUCCACCCUUCAUCCCAUUGUCACGUCUCCUCUCACCUUCAGCACUCCUGGGAUUUCGUCUACAACUCAAACACAAACCACUGCACACGCACAACACAGUACAACGCAUCAUCCAUCUUCACCAACGUCUACCACUAGCCCCCACACAACACUGACCUCUCCAGCGUUUUCACCCAGCAUGCACACCUCUUCCACCACACUCACCAUUCACACUGAGUCCACACCAACAGGGAUACCAAACCUUUCUUCCCAUACAACCACAACUUUACCCCACACAGGUCCCUAUCACAGCACAACUCUCUUCUCAUCUAUAGGUCCCACCACAUCCUCAGUCACCACACCAGAAUAUACCAUGGCUCCCAUCACCACCAGCACAGAUAAGAUCACAAUACCGCCUAAAACACCAACACAGUACAUAACAAGCAGCUAUUCAUCUUCACCACGGUCCACCACUAGCCUUCAUACAACAGUCAUAUCCUCAGCUGUCCCACCCAGCUUGCACACCUCUUCCACCACACUCACCAUACCCACUGUCACAGCAACCACUGAGUCCACACCAAAAGGGGCACCCACCCAAUCUUCCUAUACAACCAGAACAUUACCACAAACAGCCUCCUAUCACAGCACAACUCAGGGGUCAUCGACAGGUACAACCACAUCUUCACUCACAACACCCACACACACAAGCACUGAAACAAUUUCUAACUUGGCCACAACUACUGCCGCCUCCUUGGGUACAACUGUCUCCCACAUUGAAACCAUACGCACAACGUCCACCCCUCAUCCCACUGUGACAUCUCCUCGGACCUUCAGCACUGCUGAGAUUAUAUCCACAACUCCAACACAAUUGACUACAUUCACCCAACACAGCACCACCCGUCAUCCAUCUUCAUCAACGUCUACCACUCUCGCUCACACAUCAAUGACCUCUCCAGCUUUUCCACCAACCAUGGACACAUCUUCUACCACCACCAUACACACUGAGUCCACACCAAGAGGAACACCCACCCACUUUUCCCAUACAACCACAACUUUGCCACACACAGCCCCCUAUCACAACACAACUCCAGAGUCAUCUACAGGUCCUACCACAUCCUCAGUCAUGACACCCAAACAGAAAGCCACUGCAUCCAUUUCUAACUUGGUCUCCACUACUGCCAUUCCCGCUGGUACCACAGUCUCCCCCCCUGGCACACUUCAUGCAACGUCCAUCCUUCAUCCCACUCUCACGUCUCCUCUCACCUUCAGCACUGCUGGCAUCUCAUCCACAGCUCCAACACAAUCUAUUACACAUACACAGCACAGUACAACACAUCGUCCGUCUUCAUUAACAUCUACCAGUGUCCCUCAGACAACUCUGACUUCUCAUGCUGUCCCCCUGACUCUGCUCACUUCUUCCACCACACUCACUGUACCCACUUCCUCUGUGGUUCCAAAUGCCUCCGUGUCUACUGGGUUUCACACAGCCCCUCCCUCUGGCACAGGCUCUCCAGGUAGCACCCUGUCCUCCUCUUCCUCCCUUCCUAGGUCCACUUCUGCCUCAGCUUCUCCCCCUUACAGCAUUCCCAGCGCCCUCACUGUACUUUCCACCACUCUCACCACACCCGUGUCCUCCUUCCCACAUUCCUCCCUCACUCCCUCCCUGUCCCAAGGGACAGCUUCCUCACCUCCCUCUUACCCAGCCACCACCUCUCUCUUUACCACCACCAUGCCCUCCCCAUCUACUCCCUCUGUUUCCAGCAUGGUUACACCUCCUUCUGCUUCCAUGACACCUGUGGCUGUGUCUACCCUGAGAACUUCCUUCAGCACCCCAGUUCUAUCCACUAUUUACACGCCGUUUACCACCUCCCAGUCGACUAGGCACACCACACAAGUCUUCACACCAAGCAUGGGAUCCACCACCCUUGGAUCGACACCCUUCUCUUCCCCCACCACAAGCCUGACCUCAGCUUCUGCAGCCCCAUUCACAACUGCGACCAACUCCACCCCAGGGCCAUACAGCUCAGUCUCCUCCACAGCCAGCACCUUGCCCUCCAGUUCAACUGUAGGCAGCUGCAGUGUGAAAGAAUAUGUUGAAGAGAUCACCUUCCAAGGGUGCACGGCCAAUGUCACUCUGACCCGCUGUGAAGGAUACUGCCCCUCCUCCACCAGACUCAACACAGACACCUUGAAGCCGGAGACCCACUGUGGCUGCUGCUCCCCACUCACCACCUCCGACAAAGACUUCCUGCUGCCAUGUCCAGACCCAGGGCGGCCGGGAAGGCGGCUUGUGGUCCAAGUCCAAGUGUUUAGCAGCUGUGUGUGUAACCAGCAGUCCUGUGAAGCCUGAGGACGAGCUCUGCAAAGUGCCGGGAGGCUGAGGGUCCGCCCCGGGAGCCGCGCUCUCUCGCAUCCCUAGUUCUCCUGGUAACAAGGCCCGGCCUCACCCGCCACAGUGCAAGAGUGGCGGUGGCUGCGCGGCUUUGGGACUCUGAUCCUCCCCCCUGCUGGCCGCCCAAAGAUGGGGUCAUCCAGGGAGCUGGUCAGCCACCCAGGAGAUGUGGCGGCCCCCUCUCUGCCAACCUCCCACGAACCUCGUCACUUCCCGUAAAUUGCCCCUACCAUCUCGUAACCCUCAGAAUGCAGCUGGGCCCUGUAGGCCAAGGACCCUGGAGGAAGGCCCUGAGGCGGGGGCGGGGCCACGGGCUGGAGGCCUAGGUGAGGGUCUGAGGAGGAGGGUCCAAGCCAGCGCCCAGCACCGGGGUGGCCC